ACAAGUGUAUAAGGUUUAAAAAGGAAUCAUAUAUCAGAAUUGCCAAAACGAAUAAGUCGGUGUCAUGUUUUGUAUGAUAAUUUGGAUAAAUAUGUUUUGGGGAUUCAUUUUGGUAAUUCUUUUUGUGCAUACGGAUCAAUAUCUGAAAUUAGAUAAUUUACCUCAAUAUCUAAUUCCAUUAGUAUAUCCUCAUCAAAACUCAAAACCUAUAGCGGACAUUUUACAGGAAGCGUUACAAGCACACUUCCAACGAAAUGAUUUAAUGUGUGGCUCAUUAUCUCGUAAUGUAGCAAAUUGCAUUUGCAGUACCUAUCAGAAGUUAGAUAACAUCGGCAAGCUAUAUAUUGAAAAAAAGACUGGUUAUAAAAGCAAAUCGAUUGUUAAAUCGGCAUUGCCAUGGUUGCGUUAUUCACACUAUUACAUAAAAAGCCGUCAUAAUAAUUUGCAGAGGUUUCCGAUUAAUAUUUGUGAAUUUCCAGAAAUUGCACGAAUAGAUUUGUCCUACAACAAAAUUAAAGACAUCGAUCUUGUGUCAUGCAUUACAUUCUUAGAUACAUUCAAAUUGCAUCAUAACCUGGUGGAAUACUUGAGUAAUGAAACAUUUCUUCAUAUGAGAUUCCUUCGUGUAAUUGACCUGUCUCACAACAAACUGAAAUUUAUCGAACCUGGAUUUUUAAUUAACGUAAAUGGAAGUUUAUUUGAAUUUGAUGUUUCAUACAAUUAUCUUACUACGCUGGAUAUUACAAACAUUUUAUGGACACAGAUCAUAUUUUGUAAGGCAGAUUUUUCACAUAACUCCAUAAGCUCUAUAACAAACAAAUUGAAUUGGAAAAGUCAAGAAAAUUCAAAGUUUUCUUUUUUCGGAUCGCUGGAUAGCUCUUAUAAUAAUUUAACAUACUUUUCAAUUUUUAACGAAAAUGGACUUGACGUUAAAUAUGUAGGAAAAUUAAUUACCUGGUGGAUAUUUGUACGGGGAAAUCAGUGGAUUUGCGAUUGUAAAGUAUACCCAUUUGCAAAGUUAUCUGAAAUGGUUGUAAAAAUCUAUCACAGAAUAAAUUUUCAUAUGACCUGUGAUUCACCUAGACACCUACAGAAGAGAACAUUGUUCGACAUCAUAAAUAAUUCCAAACUGGAUCAAUUGAUUUGUAACUUGUCAUUAGCUGCACGUUGUCCACCACAAUGCCAUUGUUUUUAUCAGCCUGCUAUAGGCAACCGAACAGUUGUUAAUUGCUCUGGAUCUGGAUUAACAAGAUUUCCUUCAGUUCUACCUAAGUAUACAAAUCUUCAUAUUGAUUUCUCUAAUAAUAAGAUAAGAAAUCUAAAAAGAAUUGAACAGUUCGGGUUGAAUUUUUUUAAACGCUUAAAGAAACUUGAUCUUUCAAACAACCAAAUUGGAACAUUUUCAAAUAUAGGGCUUCAUAGGUAUAGAAAAAUACAACUGAUCAAUAUGACAGGCAAUACCAUUCAACGAAUUCCACGUUCUUUACAGAUGUUGAAGCCAUGUCAGAUUUCUUUGGGUAAAAUUAUCAUGAAAUGUACGUGCGAAGAUUUAUGGUUGAAAAUAUGGUUACCAUUACAAUAUCAAAAUUGUGCGAACAGUACACAUGUUUUAUGCAAUAAUAAUGAAUUACUUCGUCCUAUUACUGACAUAGAGAAAGAAGAUCUUGGCUGUUCAGUGUCAACUAUAAAUACUUCAUUGGUGAACAGUUUGAUUAGCGCGGCAUUUUUUGCAGUUAUUACAUGUGCAAUGAUUAUAUACAAUCUUCGGUUUGAGUUAUUUAUUCUAACCAGAUCUUGUAUAAACUUCGUCAGGGAGCCGUUAUUGCCUGCCUCUGUAAUUCACGACAUUUAUAUUUCUUCAAAUGAAGAUGAUGAACUAAUCCGUAAAUGGUUGUUAUCUUCUUUAGUUCCUUCUCUAGAGAAAAAAGGUUUCGAUGUGUUUCUAUUUUUCAGGGAUAGUACAAUUGGAAAACCUCGGGAACAAGAGACGAUUGACGUAAUUUCAAAAAGUCACAAUUUUUUAAUACUUCUCAGUGACGACACAACAGGAAAUCAACAAUGGAAUAAGAAAGAAUGGAAAUAUGCAUGGAACUAUUACAAGUGGGACUUUAGUCGAGAACUAAUCAUCAUAAAUUACGAUUUGCUUACAUAUGAUGAUGUUGUCAAAGAUUUCUUCCGAGGAUUUUUCACUCUAAGGAAAGUCAUAGAUUUCUCUAAUUUCAACAAAAAUAUUGAAGAAGAUGUCGUUGCGCUGUUGAAAUAACGUUAGGAAUUGCAACAGGUGAAUAACUGUUCCAUAUAUAACCAUAGAAACCGUUUCAAUAAAAAAUAUCGCUAAACUGUAUGAAAUAGUUUUAUAUGUCAUAUUAUGUUGAUUGACACAUUCACCAAUUUAGCCAUUUCCCAUACCAGUUUCUAUUUCAAGUUAACAACUUCGGGAUUCGAUUCAUCAACAGAGAUUCCGAAAAAACAUGAUUUGAAAUAAAUUUCCCGUACGAAAUUUGAAUCUUAAUGUUUGUGGGAUUUAUCUGUUUAGAGACGUAUUAUGGAUACUUGACAUUAUUUUUUCUAACAUUGGCUGAAGUCUUUGUUUAAACUGGUCAGAAUAUUAUUAUUUUACGGUUUAUUCUUAUGUAGUGCUGUUUCACCACUGUCCAAGGUUAGGGGAACGCUAACAAACAUCUUAACUGCGAUACAUUUGAUAUGUGUCUGUCCAGAGUUAAAGAUCUGAAGUUCAGUGACUGUCAUUGGUUGCUGUCUCUUAUAUACUAGUCAACAAAAAUAACGAUACACAAGUUUGAACUCCAAUUUAUCAUGAAAUAUAAUAAAUAGAGAAAAGUGUUAAAUUAUCCAAUGAAAAACAUUCAUUUGUAAAGCAAAUGCAUAUGAUUAAAAGAAUCUGACCAAAUUGGAAAGUUGGAAAAUAUCGUGUUAUUGAACACAGGGGUCAAAUUUAUUUUGCGGAAAAUGAUGACAAAAAUCGGCACUUAAUUUCGAAGAUGAGAAUAAAGUAUUCAAAUAUCUGCAAAGGCAUUCAAAAUUUUAAGCAGACCAUGUUUAAGUUUAAAGUUUUAAGUUUUAAUAUCGAUUUUUGAAUUUUUGGGUGAAAAUACGAUUUUUGAAAUAACAAAAAUUGCAAAAGAAAAACGCGUAUUUGCCUUAAAUCAAUGAUUUUGAUAAGAAAAUAACACUCUGUAAAUAUAAGACCAACUGAGCAAUUAUUUACCUUGGUACAGUGUAUCCAAUUUCAUUAUAUAUGGAAAAUACAUUGCCUAAUAUCGUUUCUUUGUUGACUAGUAUAUUUGUUCUACAUUAAUUAUUACAGUAUAUCCUUCUUCUCUUAUGUAAUAAAAUCAUGGUGGUCUAAGGAGCAUAUCAACAUAUAUGUGAUAAUUUAAGUUAUGCCUUAAAAAUAUUAAAAUGUAUAAUGCAA